GUAGCGAUUGGCAUGGUGCAACAACGCCUAAAAUAAAUUAAUGGCUCUCUAAAUAUAGCCAAAUCACACACAAACAAUAGUUAGUACAAACUCAAUACGUCAUUUGAUUAAACAAAUAGUUAUUCUUCUUUCAAAUUCCAAUUUCUCAUUCGUUCAUUCAUCACAAAGAAGAAGAAGAAGAAGAAAAAACAAGUCAUGCCCAUGGGUUUGAAAUCAAUGUUCAACAAGCCAUCUUCAUCUUCAGACCCUCCUUCCCGAUCUACCUCCCUCUCCGUACGUUCACGCACCCGUCUCGCCGGCGAACUCGAAGAAGUCUUCAAAAAAUUCGACGUCAACGGCGAUGGCAAGAUCUCUGCAUCAGAACUCGGUUCCAUUAUGGGAAGCUUAGGUCAACAAACAUCAGAACAAGAACUCAACAACAUGAUCCGUGAAGUCGACGGAGACGGCGACGGUUGCAUUAGUUUACAAGAAUUCAUCGAACUCAACACCAAAGGCGUUGAUUCCGACGAGAUCUUGGAGAAUUUGAAGGAUGCUUUUGCUGUUUUUGAUAUGGAUGGGAAUGGUUCGAUUACGGCGGAAGAGCUUAAUACGGUUAUGAGAAGCCUUGGGGAAGAAUGCUCGUUGGCGGAGUGCCGGAAAAUGAUCGGAGGUGUUGAUAGCGACGGUGAUGGAACAAUUGAUUUUGAAGAGUUUAGGAUGAUGAUGAUGAUGGGUUCUCGUCAUGAUACGACGGAUAGAGUCAAACCUGAACCUAUGCCUACGGAAUGAAGGAAUUCUUUUAUGCUUUGUUUCUUGUUACCAUAAAUCAUUCUUUUUUAUCUGUAGAAUGGAAAAUCAUGCUAAAGUUUCAUCAUAUUAUAUUAUCUUUUUUUUUUUUUUUUUCCUUUCAGUUUUCUGUAUAUGAAUUUUUCUCUUUUUUUUUGUGUUAGUUUUGGUGGAUUCUAGGGUUAGGUCCCUCACCGGUGAUUUGUUCAAUUGUUUAGAUUUGAUUAAAAUAAAAAUAGACCAUUUGAAACAUUCCA